AUGGAAAAAGCGGUCAAAACGAAAUUAAAUCAAAUUUUCCAGAAAUUGGCACCUAACGCUGAAAUUAGUUUUGAUAGCUAUGAGCCAAUUUUGCUACCUUAUUAUGUUGAUGCCCUUCUUACUUCAAAUCAACAAAGUGAUGAAGGACAAAAACUAUUACUUAAAACAUACACAGUCGCUGGAGAAACUAAAAGUGGUUUUUUAGAAAAUGAGUUUAUUUUUACUAAUGCAUUUCCAUCAGUUAGAACAAAUGUUGGAGCACAUAGUGGUAAAUAUGUUUUUCAAGUUAUUCUCCAAACUGAUGGACUUUUUCAAAUAGGUAUUUUUGAGAAUUCAUCAGUGUUUGAUCGUACAAAAGGAAUAGGAGAUUUUAAUGAUUCAUAUGCAUAUGACGGAUAUCGUAAAUGUCUUUGGAAUGGAAAACAAACACCAUUUGGACCGAAAUGGAAGAAAGGAGAUGUUAUAAGUAUUUGUGUUGACUUUAAUCAACGAACUAUUAAAGUACUAUUAAAUGAUAAAGACCUGGGAAUUGCGUUUGAAUCAUUUGGAACAGAACCAAUGAAUAACUAUUAUUUUGGAGUUACUGCUUCAGCAGGAGAAAAAUGUAUUAUUAAUUAUGGAGAAUAUCCAAUGUUAUACAAACAACAAAUAGGAGAUUAUCAUCCUGUAUGUCAACAGCCAAUUCAAUCUAGUUAUAAAGAAUGUGAAAUACUUGGAAAUGCUAUUAUUGAAUGUCUUAAUGAUAUGUCUAAUGGAUCUAUUUUAAUAUUGAAUGCAUUGUUUGCAAGAUAUAUUCCAUUGAUUGUAAAUAGUAAAGUUUUAUGUGUUGAACAUUUCUUACCAUUAUUAACUGAAUGUUCUCGAUUAAAUUCAUUAGGAAGAUUAGGCUCAUUAUUAAAAUAUAUGGUUCAUCCUAGUGAUUUAGAAAUUAUUGUUACAACUUUAAUGGAAUGGUAUUAUAUUGUAUCUACACAUUAUCAAUUUCAAGAUGAAAUAGUCACAUCACUUACUAAAAUACUUCUUAAUAUUAUAAGUGAAAUGAUGACAGUGGCAUGUGGAAAUCCUGAUAAAUUAUUUAAAUUUAUUGACAUUAUUCUAUCUAAAUCAACAACAAUAAGUAAAGUAGAUUAUAAAAGAAUGGUUCAUGAACUUGAUCUUUCUCAACCACCAGAAGGAUUAAUGAAUGAAUUAGAUUUAAAAUAUCAACAACAACUUGAACUUGAUAAAAAAUUAUUAAAGGCCCUUGAAACAAAUCAAUUAUUAGAUGAUUUUGUUAACAAUUAUUCUGUGAGACACGAUAUAAAUAAAGAUAUUAAUGGUAAUGAAGAUGGAAUGGAAUUAACUAUGAGAGUAACAUAUGCAUUAUUUUCUAUGUUAUUGGAUGAAACCAAUCAUUUCCAAUUUAAUAAUGAAUUUCUCAUUAAUACACCAAAAGAAUAUCCUGACUUUGAUAGAUUAGGAGGUACAAUUAGUUAUAUUCAAAAAACAUUCCCAUUAGAAAAAAAUAAUGAAAGUUUUGAAAUUACUAAACAUAUGCAUCGUGCUAUUCUUUUCUUUUAUAACAAUACCUUUCCAUAUUUCUUUAGAAUGGAAUUAAUAUGUAGAAGAAAUGUUGGAAUUAUAAGUACAUUAGAAAAUAAUGUUGAUUGGCUUAAUUAUUUAUGGGAAGCAUCAUCAUUUAUAAUUCCUAGUAGAUACCAAAUUCAACUAGAAAUAUUUAAACAAAUUGUUAAUGCAUUGGUCAGUACUAAAGGAUUAUUAUAUGUUCAUGAACCAUAUAUUUCUUCUAUCAUUUCAUUAUGUAAAAAUUUACGUCAAAACAUUUUAUUUAAUUAUCAAAAAAUUCUUAUAAAUGAAAACAAACAAUUAUUUGGUGAUUUUAUAAAUACAUUAAUAUCAUUUCUAGGAAAUAGUUUUAUUGUUAAACCAGGAUUAAAAACAACAAUGUUUAUAUCUGUUACUUAUACAAUGACUAAAAGAAUAGAAUUUAUUGAAUGUGUUUCACCAGAAAAUAAAAGAGUUUUAUUCAAUUUUGCAUUUGAGUCUUUAACAAGUGAUGAAGAAGAAAGAUUCCGAAGAGCACUUUCUUUUAUUAGGAUAGGAAUGCCAAUUCCUUUUUAUGUAUUAAAAAGGAAUAUUGCGGCUUAUCCAAGAUAUCAUAAAGUAUUUAACAAUUUAUUACAAGAAUAUUUUAUUGAUGAUAAAACAAUAAUGAAUACUCAUAACAUCGUUUUUGAUUAUGUAUCAAAGAGUUUAGAUAAGAUAUUAUUAUUAUUAGAUAAAGAACGUCUCAGUGGACAAGAAGAAAAAAUGUUUGAAUCAUUAUCUAGUAGUUUAUUAGAUGGGACUGAUUUAAUGGAUGGAUUAUCAUAUUUCUUUAGUAAAAUAUACAUAGAUCAUACUCUUGCUACUAAGUUUUUACAAUAUUUAUCAUUUGUGUUGUAUCAAUGUUCUGUAAGAAAUUCUAUUUCAACAAGAAGAGGAAAACAAAUUUAUAAAAUAUUUUGUUCAUUAAGAUUAUUAGUGUUGGAUGUUCUUACACAAAUUUUAAAAACUAUCCCAGAAGAAAAAAGACUUGAAUGGUUAUUACAAGAUGGUAUAAUAACAUUAGAAAUUAAUAAAGGCUUAGAAGGAAUUGAUUUAUCUUCUACAUCAAUAUUUUCAUUUGAAAUAGAAUAUCCAACAACAAUUUGGGAUAGAUGGAGACCAAAUACAAUUACUGAUGAUAUUAUUACUAAUUUAAAAGUAGAAGAAAAACAAGCAUUAGAAGGAAUUGAUCAUACUCUUCAAUUCUUAAAAAAUUCAUUACAAGAAUUAAAUAAAAAACAUACAAAAAAAGUAGUUAUUACACCAACCUUCCAAGGAAGAGUAUCUAAUAAUUCAUUUGAAAUGGAAGUAGAAGAAAAUGAAGAUCAAUUAUGUUUUAUUUGUUGUAGUAAUCCAGCUGAUACAAUUAUGCUUCCAUGUAAACAUAGUGCAUGUAGAAGUUGUAUUGAACGACAUAUGGAACAUCAUAAUGAGUGUUUCUUCUGUAAAACAAAAAUAGAAGGAUUAAAGAAAAGAAGUGAAAUGGGAAUGGAAAAUGAAAGUGCAACAAAGAAUUAA